AUGACCAUCAUGGGUGACUCCCUCCCCAUCAUUUCCCUCACCCAAUCGACCCUCGUCAACCGGCUCGGCGAGGAUAUUCUCGCCGCGGCCUUUAUCAGCGAGGAGCACUUCAUCACUCUGCACCCUCGCAACGAAACCCUCAACUUCAGCCUGGAGAUCAAAUGGUUCUUCAUCCAGCCUCGCGGCGAUUGUGGAAAAUUCUUCGCUGUCCCCAACAACGUCACCCUGAACAAGGGGGGGGUCAUUGUUCUGAAAGUUUCGGACGACGACAGCCUCCCAUCUGUUCACCACUACUCUGCCGAGACGCCUGAACAUGCGCAGAAAAUCUCACUGGAGUCUGUCAGGAGCCCGGUGCAGGAAGAACCCGACCUGGAAUUAGCGCAUGUUACCAAUAGCGCGGCCCACGACCUUUUUGACAAACUGGUGGGCCUGGCUGAUCAUCCAUCCCGAGCAAAGGGGCUGGCGCCCCGUGAGGCAGUCUCGCGCGGGGCUUGUGAUGAUUUUGCGGCGAUGAAGAUUUCCGGGGAUGAAAAGAUCGAUGGAGUUGCAGCCGCUCCCUUGAUGCGCAAUUCUGUUUCCCUGCAGCCCGAGUCUGCACCCCCGAAGCCCGGUUCUGCUCCGUUGGCGCCUGAACCCGCACCCAAAAAAGGGGAUUUGGAUGCACUCAUGAACCUUCUAACAGACAAUGGCAAGCCGCCAAGGCAGCAAGUGUCCGAGAACAAGCUGCCCAAGCCACCAAUCACCAAUGUCAAGCCGACGGACGAAGAUCCAAAGGUCUUAGACUACUACAAAGACGUCAAGCUGGUGACUGGACUGGCGACCCUGUUCCAAGAGAUCCUGCGGCUCAAGAGAAUGAGUACGACAGACCGGAAGCAACCAUACGGCAUUACCGAUCCCGAGGAGGCCAACCUGGCGAUGAAGGAGAAUGCCGACAUCGCGUACGAAGUCAUACAUGGAGGGCUGGGGGGCUACUACGACAGCAUCAACAUGUACACUCGCACCUAUAAGAAGGAGGUCACGCAUUCGGACCUGAAGAUCGAAUUUUCAAAGGAUAUCUUCCAACCAUUUGACUUCUCCGAAAGAACGCUGGCCGAGAUAUCGGGGUUUAUCGAGCAGUAUAUCUCGGCGAUCGCGCAGGUGAAAACCGACACGAAAUCAACAGGCUUCCGGAACGCCUUCUCCAAGCAGAUACACCAGAUAUUGAAAGUCAACGUGGGCGACGAUGAUAAUAAGUACUGGGUAAUGCAGCCCAGGUGCCAACUGUUGUACAUGAAAAUCGACAGCGAGUCGUACAAGGAAACGACCAAGACGUGCCUGAAGGAGAGUACUAAGGAUACAUUCACCUUCUAUAUGGACUAUGUCAUCGUGGAGGCCGAUAUCAACACUGAAAUUGUGGAAGGAAGACGCGAUAAACUCACGCAGGCCGUUUACAUGAUCAGUGACAAGAACGUCGACGAAUAUGUGAAGCAGGCAGGAGUGGCAAAUGAGGUCACUGGUUCGCUUCCCAAGGUGAAUGGCAUGUGA